GACUUGAAGUUGGAUAAUGUUCUCCUGGACUCCGACGGUCACGUUAAAAUAGCUGAUUUUGGAAUGUGCAAAGACGGUAUUAUUGGAGAGGAACUGACUACCACUUUUUGUGGUACCCCUGACUAUAUCGCUCCUGAGAUAAUCAGUUACAAACCUUACGGCAAAGCUGUGGAUUGGUGGGCGUUCGGGGUGCUUCUCUAUGAGUUUCUUGCCGGUCAGCCCCCAUUCGACGGAGAUGAUGAGGAGGAACUGUUCCGAAAUAUUGCAACUGGUGAAGUCUCUUAUCCCCGGUCGCUUUCUCGUGAAGCUUGUCUCAUAUGCAAAGCUUUCCUAACCAGAGACCCGAUUCAACGGUUAGGAAGUGGUCCAAAUGGCGAACAGAAUAUCUGCGAGCAUCCCUUCUUCCGACAUAUAGAUUGGCGGAAAAUAGAAAAUCGGGAAAUACAACCACCAUUCAAACCCAAAGUUGUGAGUUAUCUUUGA